GGGAGAUACAUACACAUUCAUGAAUCAUGAUUAGGUGAAUUUAUCUUUGACUAUAAAUAUUUUAAAAUAUGAGAAAGGAGAGAUCUUGAGUAGAGGAUGAGUAGAUCCCGAAAGCUUCUAGAACAUUCCUAAAUGCAAGUGCUAGAAAACCAAGCUGAUCCAUUGCCACAUAUAUAUAACUCCAUUACAUUUUCUUUUUGGUGAGAACUUUGUGCGAGGCAAUAUGUUAUUAGAUGCACAUCUAAAAUGGAGUACAGAAGUGCGGUGGCUAUCAGUAGGCAGCUAACAAGUUGAUGAAAACGAUCUUCAAAGAGAGUGAACCUCAUCCAGCCCUAACAUUAAUUAUUGUAUGGGCAUAUUAGUAACCUUCAUAUCAUGAAUGAAAAAUAUGUGACGUGGAUUUAUGAUCGACCCGCCAGUAUUGUAUCGUUUUUCAAUUCAUGCUAAAAAAAAUACAAAAUCACUAAGAUUAAAGGAGGAAAAGAUAAUCAACCUGGUGAUUGUGGACUCAUGGUGGGCGCUAGAGAGAAAAGGAAACUGAUGAGUGAUGAGGGUUUUUCGAAUAUAUUAUCAACUUCAGUUACAAUUCCCCUUAUAAUUUAACAUCUGUUACAAUUUGAAGUUUGUUGUUACAAUUCAACAUCAAUUACAUUCAUAAUUUUUUUUUAAUGAAUUAUGUUGUCUCAAUGUUAACUACCGAAAUCCUCCUUCAACACAUGGUUGAUCAAAGUACAUCUUCACAUAUCACAACAUUUUUUUACUUCCCUAACACUAUUUUAAAAAUUAUAUGUUCCUUGAAUCACCAACCAUGACUAUUAACCGUGUUUAUUUUAAUUUCAAGUACCAUUUUUUUAAAUGAUUUCAAGUACCAUUUUGUCUCUAUUGAAAAGAAACACUGUGAAAUAGUCUAGCGGUAAAAUUCUUAGUGGGCGCUUGUUCCAGAAAGUGGCAGAUUCCGUAUUCGAUCUCACCGAGGCUUACAAUGAUGUUCCGGGAGGUAUUUAAUGGAGAUUAUCAUGGAGGGCCCAAAAAGAUCAAACAGGUGAACCCCAGAUUUGAUCCUGCUCUGCCAUCGCUAGAGACGUAAAGCGUUGUGUGCAUAGCGAUGUUUGUAGAGGGGCAUGUUCGAGAACUUUGCGGGACAAAAUAAUUAUAAAAAUUAACAAAUAUCUGAAACUGUCCAGGCCCAAGUUGUGAAUAUUUUUGGUUUAAUUCAAAAGCCGAAACAAACAUGCAACGACAAAGCCCAAACCGACGGCUGACACCAGCUGGAUGCAAGUCGCGACUCACGAAAAAGAUGAAAACAGAAAUAGAAGUAGCGGUUUACAUACAGAACAGAGGUCCAUUUCCACAAGUCUCUGCUCCUUCCUUCCUUCCUCGUUUCUGCUAAUCUCCAAUGACUGUCCCUUUCUCUCUCCCCUCCAUAUAACAACGACAACACCAUUCCCCUCACUGCUUUGAAUCGCUCAUUGUCUCUCAGGAGCUUUGAUUUUUGAAGCUUCGCAACCUCAACAGAGUUUAAGCUCUUUUUUUCUUCUUUCUUUCUUUCCUCUCUUUUUCGAGGCAGAAAGAUGGGGUUUAUUCCGACGGAAGAGAGCCAGAGGCAGGAGAUCGAGGAGUUCAAGCGGAUGGUAGUCGCCUGCGCCGGACUCAGCCGGAGGAAAGACGAAGAGGAGCAGCUCGGAUUCCGCCUCCACUCCCCUGAAAUUGACGACGACGUAGGUGAGGAGAAGAUCGUCUGCGUCACCAGCGGCGUUUCCUUCUUAGGUCUCGCCGUCAUCAACCGCCUCCUCGUCCGCGGUUACUCCGUCCGAAUCCUCGUCGAUAACCAAGAGGAUGUGGAGAAGUUGAGGGAGAUGGAAGAAGCGGCGGCGGGGGAGGAGGGGAGGCGGCGAUUGGAAAGCAACAACAACGGCGUGGUGGAAGCAGUGGUGGCGAGUUUGUUUCAAGUGGAGACUUUGGCGGAGGCGUUCAACGGCUGCCGAGGCGUUUUCCACACUGCGGCUUUCGCGGAUCCAGCUGGACUCUCCGGUUACACGAAAUCGAUGGGCGAAAUUGAAGUGAAGGCUGCUGAGAAUGUGGUGGAGGCAUGCUCGAGGACCCCGUCGGUAAGAAGCUGCGUGCUCACUUCAUCGCUCCUGGCCUGCAUUUGGCGAGACAGUACCUUGCAGGAUUACCCCUGCGUCAUCAACCACGAGUCCUGGAGCGAAGAAACAUUUUGCAGAGAUAAACGGCUGUGGUAUGCUUUGGGCAAGUUGAGAGCAGAGAAGGCAGCAUGGAGAAUAGCAAAAGAGAAAGGUCUGAAAUUGGCCACCAUCUGCCCAGGUCUUAUUACAGGCCCUGAAUUCUUUGACAGGAACCCAACAUCAACCGUUGCCUACCUAAAAGGAGCUCAAGAGAUGUUUGCAGACGGGCUGCUGGCGACGGUGGACGUGAUGAAGCUGGCGGAGGCACAAGCCUGCGUGUUCGAAGGAAUGAAGAAGACAGCCGGCGGGAGAUAUAUUUGCUAUGACAACGUGAUCGAGAGCGAGGAGACGGCAGAGAAGCUAGCGGAAGAAGUUGGGAUGUCGGCGGAGAGGAUAUGCGGGAACAGAGGUGCUUACAUUCCGGCGCCAUUCCAGUUAUCUAACAGGAAGCUUUCUAACCUCAUGUCCAGAACUCUUCGCAGUUGCUACAAUCAACGCUGAAUCAUUAAAAGGAAAAUGAGUCGUUGGUAGGAAGGGUUUCUAGCUGGCUAAAAGGAUUAUUAUGGUUAUACGUACAAAAUUGUUCUAUGAUGAGAGCGCUAGUGAAGUGUUCCAAUUCGUAAGAGCAAAUGAGCAGCUUCCUUUCAUAUCAAUCUUCAGUAACCAAUCUAGACCACCACCCUGAUUCGGUGCAAGUCAGCGUGGGUAAACUGUGACUAACAGUUUAUUUCUCGCAUUCUGUUAAGAUGGCUAGUCACAGACUAACAGAAUGUGAGAAAUUUUGUAAUUUGAAAAUAUUAACCUUCAAAUAAUGCAUUUAACAUCAAUUUGUGUAUUAUACUAUGCACCAAUACAAGCAUUUUGAACAAUUAGGAGUAAUUUCGGUGACCUAAAACUGGAGCUUCAAAUACUUGGUCCAACAACAUCCUCAAAACCGAUGGUUUUACAACAUAUCGAGGCGUCAAUCCAAUACAGACGUGUUCGAUAUCAAAUGAGAGUAUUUAAAUAAUAGAAAGAACAUUAAAACAAAAGGAUACACCAUACCAGUUGAUUUUACCGCCAAGCAAUUUCACGAGCGAGAACCGAGAUAGCAGAGAUGAAUCAGAUCAUUGGUAAAAGACAUAGUUAGGUUGGUCUUCCUUGGUUUGGCCGAUCCAAACGAUUAACAUACUGUCCGAGUUAAUAACUCGGGUAAUGAAUGAAUCGCUCAAAGCAAGGUAAAACCACCCUUGCUAUAAUUUUUACUCCGAUUGUUUGUGUAGCUCCAUCACGACAGGGAACAGAGGGCAAAGCAAAACGAAAUACAAAUUCCAGAUCCAGAAUUGUCAAAAACAAAAUUUCAAACGCCAGUAGGAAUUCCGACUCGAUCGGAGAAAACUAGUUCAAAAAACAAGAGGAGAUAAGAUGGUGAAAGGCUCAGAGAGUUGCUAACUGUGCUCAAGGAAGAGCUCCCGUGAAGGAGCUCCUCUCAUACAAGAGGUGUCAGAAAUAAAGCACUCUUCAUCUUUGCCGGCCAAUUUGAAUCGGAAAACAAGAAGACAUUAAAAAUGAAAGAGAGAAAGAACAAAACCUAUGAGCAAACAGAGGGCGGCCCUCGAUUGAAGAUGCUCUGCUGCUAUUAGGAUUAUCCAUCUGCAGAUCUCGGCGGAAAGGAAAACCCUAAUAACAACAUUGCAACAAGCGGCGAAAUGAUGGAAGGGAUGAAUGAGCUGAUGCGGUGCGGUUAUUUGUAGGUUAUGUUACUGGGCUUCUGAGAGAUAGGGCAGCCCAGCCGUCGGCAGCGCCAGCGAUCCCGCUGUUUUGAGAGGCCGUUUACCAUUUGUUGGUCCAUUUGCAGGUGUCAUUGACGGGCCACCAUUUUUGGGCCAAACAAAUGGCCCAUGAUGUUAAUGCUGUGUGUCGGUGGCGUCCAUGGGCUGAACUAGAGGGUAAGCAACGGGUAAAUUGGGUGGAUUUUGACUAUAAAAUUAUUUCAACUCACUUAUGAACAUAUUGACAAUUUUCAAGCCGUCACUCAUCCACACUUAUCAUCGAGUUUGGCCGGGUGGAUGGCUGAUGAUUUGGUUAGUUUGUCGGGUUCAACCUCAACAGUAUGAUCAUUUUCCAAGAAUCUAGUCGGACCAUGCCAUCGAAUUCCCUAACUACCUAACUGAACCUCGCAAUGUCCUCCUCAUCAAUGGCACGAGCAAGACCCACUAGCAACAUACAUAACACUCACGAGUCCCAGCAAAAGUAGGAUCCAAAUCCUAAUAUCCCUCCAGUGCAUUGCUCACUACGAUAACAACCUCACCACCGCCAUCCCUACAAAGAUGAAAAAUCCCAGUGCUCAUAAGAUGACCUUUAGCUCAAUACCUGCAGAGCGAGUCAUCAUUCCUUGCAGAGCAGCAGACAAACUCUUUUAUAUCUCAAUCGCCUUCGUGUACUGUCCCAACUCCGCAACAAAGUGAGCUACUUUCA